GCCCACAACACCGUCAGUGGACGUCGCAUCUCGCCACGAUGCACUACGUCCCGACUUAUUUGCUGCUAGUGUUCGCGGUCGCACACGCGUUGAAUCUCGAAUACUUAGACCCGAAAGUAUUACAAACGGUUGUUCCGGCUGCAACACAGCAAGAUGUUGCGGCGAGAAUCAUAUCUAAAUACACCAGUCAAGUCGUGCUCACGGUAGAUCCUCUGUAUUUCAACCAAAAUAAAGAUGCGUUCACAUUGCGCACCAACCAAGGUCAACUGCAUAUCAAAGCGAGCUCCGGCGUUGCGGCACUGUGGGGCUUCAAUCACUACCUAAAGAAGUAUUGCAAGAGUCAAAUCGCGUGGCAAGUACAAAAUGUGAACAUUCCCAACCCCCUACCCGAGGUAGACGAGUUCGUUAUAGCGAACGACAGAUUUCGCUAUUAUCAAAAUGUCUGCACCCCUUCGUACAGUUUUGUGUGGUGGAAGGUGGCCGAAUGGACGAAUCACGUUGAGUGGAUGGCGCUGAAUGGUAUCAACCUGGCCCUCGCGCCGAUCGCGCAAGAGGCCGCCUGGAUACGAGUCUACCGUAAGCUCGGACUCACCGAUGACGAAAUUGAUCAACAUUUCACCGGCCCGGCGUUUCUGUCUUGGCUAAGGAUGGGCAACGUCCGUGGCUGGGCGGGGCCGCUACCUCAAACAUGGCACGAUAUACAGAAAACGAUUCAGGAUAAUGUCGUCGAUUACAUGUACAAAUUAGGCAUGGUUCCUGUCAUGCCUGCUUUUAACGGUCACGUGCCCAAAGCAUUCUCUAGAGUCUUCCCCAAUAUCACUUUUCACGCAGUUGGCACGUGGAAUAAAUUCGACAACAACUAUAGCGGCGGCCUAUUUAUGGACCCGAACGAUCCACAGUUUAAAAACGUAGGGAAAAUGUUUUUGCAAGAAAUCACUGGAUGGUCCACAGCAAGCCAUAUUUACAUCGCUGAUCCGUUUAACGAGGUUAAAACCGAGUCGUGGUCAACAAAUUUUGCGGUGGACACGGCAAAAGCGAUAUAUUCAACAAUGUCAGAAUUUGAUAACAAAGCUGUGUGGUUAUUGCAAAAUUGGAUGUUCGUAAGCGACCCACUUUGGUGGCCGGAGGCUCGAGUGAAGUCAUUCUUGACGUCAGUACCCAAUGGCAGAAUGCUGAUACUCGAUCUUCAAUCGGAGCAAUGGCCCCAGUACGAUCUGUACAAGAUGUAUUACGGCCAACCGUUCAUUUGGUGCAUGUUACACAACUUUGGCGGCACUCUGGGAAUGUUCGGCAACAUGGUAACAAUCAACAGAGACGUGUAUGAAGUGAGAUCACGCAUCAAUUCCACCAUGAUCGGCAUUGGACUGACGCCGGAGGGGAUCAAUCAAAACUACGUCGUCUAUGAUUUAAUGCUUGAGUCGGCGUGGCGUAAAGGCCCCGUGGAAGAUCUGGAAGCGUGGGCAGGAGACUAUGCAGAGAGGCGGUAUGGAUGUAACUCCACUACAAACGCUUGGAGGUAUUUAUUGAGAAGUGUGUACAGUUUUAACGGCAAGGAAAGAGUAAGAGGCAAAUACGUUAUUACCCGGCGGCCGAGUUUCAAGAUAACUCCUUGGGCGUGGUACAAAAGCCAUGAUCUGUUUGAAGCUUUGAGAAGAUUUGUGACCGACGCAGGAUAUAAUUGUGGGUCCAAUGGCUUUUAUUAUGAUGUUGUCGAUGUCACAAGACAAGCGUUGCAAUACCGAGUUGAAGAACUCUAUGUGAACCUUCAAUUGGCUCGCAGUUCUAACAGUUGGGUGUUUAAUGCGUCCACCUACCAGUUCCUCGACGCGAUGACCGACAUGGAGACGAUGUUGUACUCAAAUCAAUUCUUCAUGGCUAGGGACUGGAUAAACAACGCUAUUAUUUCGAAGAACCCAUCCGAAUCUUAUUUGUACGAAUUGAAUUCUCGGAAUCAGAUUACACUGUGGGGUCCGAACGGAGAAAUAAGCGACUACGCGUGCAAACAAUGGGCUGAGCUAUUCACUUACUAUUACAAACCGAGGUGGUCCAGUUUUCUUAACGCAUUUCUCGACGCCAAGUUGAAGGGGGAGAUAUUUGACGAGAGAUCGGUCCAGAAUGUGAUCAGAUCAACCCUCGAGAUGAAGUUUAUGUCAAUGACUUUAGAGCCGCCGUAUCCGCCACAACAAAACGUAAUGGAUUUAGCUUUUGAAUUUUAUUAUAAAUGGGCUCAUGUGCCAGGCCUGGCUGAUCUACCACAGGGCAUUGUUAAGACAAACAAUAGGAAAACAACGGUUGCAGAUGUUAAUUUUGACAACGAUGACGGGGAGAAGGAACGGUCCGUUGUUAUGCUGCUGUCUACCACGCCGAAUCUUUAGGGUGAUGGUGGUUGUUGACUGUUUCCUGACAAUAAUAUUCUAAGGUGGAUCAAAUGCAUCCAACUACUUAUAAUAAGUUGAUAAUUAUAAAAUCUUGUAUUCUUUUUUUUAUGAAAUUUUAGAAUGUCAAUUAUACGUAUAAUAAACAAAAAAAUAUGAAUGUUUUAUUUGAUGUCCUUUGGUACAAUAUAAAAGAUACAAUGUAAUCUUAAGAUAGAAGGUUUAAAUUGUAUGUUACUUGCUUUUGAUAUACUUAGAGUAUGAUUAUAAAUCUAUUAUUUUUGUA